AUGAGUGUGUUUAAGAAGAGGAAGAGAUUAGGAGGGACAAAUACUAAGCAGGCUACACCUGAACUGAAUAUCAAUGUGGGAUACGAAGAUGAAGAUAUAGAAAGCAACGAACUACAACCGCUGAGGGUAAAUCGACUUGAGUUUCGGGAUAAUGACUUUACCGAUAGUAAUGACAAUAAGAGUAAUUCUGACAGCGAAUACGAUAACUUGAUAGAAAAUAUGAAGUUAGCAAACUCAAAUUACAACAAAGAUAGUGGUACCAAAAUAAAAGCUAUAACUGAUGAUAAUGAUGAUGAUGAUUCUAAUGCAGUUGAGGACAUAACAAUUGAUGAUAUUAAUAUGCCAGUUACUGAGGUCGAUAGUACUAACUUGGAAGAUACAAGAUUAGCAUUAACUGAUAAGGAGAAGAGAGUAGAAGAACUAACAAGAAAAAACGAGAUAGAAAGCGGGUUAGCCAGGCUAGACAAUCGAAUUACCGACUGGGAGAAGAAAAUAUUAAGUCAAAAUAUCGGAAUUCAGGAUCAAGCGGAUAUUGAAAUGCCAGAAUUGACUAUAUCUGAUCUGGAUGAUCCAAUAGGUGAGCACAUUUCCGCGUUGUCAAGAAGCCAAAAGUUUUUAACUUUGCAACUUGAAAGACUUAAUAACGAGAGGAAUAACUUAGAAAAUGAUAUCAAUAUGCUAAUAAAAUCAAUAUCUACUCAGCAAUGA